AUGGCGCCAGCACUCCAUAUCAGUGUUCCUACCACAUCCACUGCCACACCGCAAGGUGGGAAGCCUUACACGCAAUACCAUGUCACACUCCAAUUACCACUGCGCAAACACGAAGUACGGAAACGAUACACAGACUUCGUGACACUGAACGACGGCCUCGUCUCGCAAUGUGGCCAAGCACCACCUGCCACGAUUCCAGGGAAGUCGUGGAUUAGGCGAACGGUCAACAACGAUGCCUUGACAGAAGAGCGACGACAAGCUUUGGAGAAGUACCUCAAGACCGUAGUAGAGGCAGACGAUGGCCGAUGGCGGAGUAGCAGCGCAUGGCGGUCGUUCCUGAAUCUACCCUCUGGCACCAGCACAGUCAACGCCAACGGCAGUCUUUCAGCUACAACUCACAAACAAGAGACAGGCGUCACAGAUCCGAAUCAGUGGUUGGACGUACAUCGCGAUCUGAAGACACAGAUACAGUCUGCCAGGACACUUUUGAAGCAGAGAGAGGCCGCGACAACAGCACAGCAGCAGCACGCACUUUCUGCGGAGGCGAAGGGUAGUCUGGUCCGAGCAGCAACUUCAAUAGCGCAGCUUGAGGAUGGGUUGAAGAGCAUACAGACAGCCAGUAAAGGCGAUGAUGCUGGGUGGGGCGGUAGCAAGCGUCUUGGGGAUGGCGAGAUCAGACGGAGGCGAGAUCUGCUGGGUGCGGCGAGAAUGGAGGUAGAAGGACUUGAGGGCUUGCUGAGGAGCAUGGCAACGAAGACCUCAAAUGCCUCCAGUAAUGUUCAGUCCGGUGCUGUAGCAUCCUCAGGUGACAAAGCAGCGCUAUGGAAGGGCACAUCAGCAGCGAAGCCAGGUGGCCGCGUCCUUGGUGGACCUUUGAAGGAGACCGAGCGUACUCGUGAGCUGGACAACGGGCAGGUAUUGCAGCUGCAGCGGCAGGUCAUGCAGGAGCAGGAUGAGGAUGUUUUGAGCUUGGGGAAGUCGGUGGCGAGGAUGAAAGAUAUGGGGAUGAUGAUCAAUGAGGAGUUGAUUAUCCAGAAUGAGAUGUUGGGUAUGGUUGAGGAGGAUACGGAGAGGGUGCAGAGGAAGAUUGAUGUGGCGAGAGAAAAAAUCAAAACGAUUAAUUGA